AUGGCUUCGGCUGCUUUUAUCAAAUUUUUCAUAGUCGUCGUCGCAUCUAGAGCCUCGAUUUCUAUCGCUACUCCAUGCUCUGAAGACAAUGACUGUUAUCUUUCUGGGGGAAGGAAGUGUUGCUUUGAUAAAUGCUCCCCCAGGAAAUAUUGUGGGAACAACUGCUUUAAAAAUGAUGACUGCGACGUUUCAAAGCAAGAAAACUGCUUCAGUAACAAGUGCACAACGGACACCUUGCCACCUAAGCAAUGUCAUCACAGUUAUGAAUGCGAUCCAGUGACGGAAAUUUGCGUCGAUGGAAAGUGCAAGGAAAUGAGAAAAGAAAAUGACGACACAGAUGUGCCAAAAUCGGGAAAUACACGAACUCUGGCCGUUUCUCUGUUGCCUUUUAUUAUUCCAACAGUCGUUGUAAUACUUUUGGUGAUUGGUGUGUGCUUCGCAAACCAUAAGAUCCGGUUGAUUCGAACUAGAAUGAACGAAGGGGCUCAAGAUCAUCAUGAGCAGUCAACAGAAAUGCCAUCCGUGAUACAUUCGCUACAACCCCACUACCCUCUACCACGUGCACCACCCCUCCCCCCUUAUGACAUGUCAAGUGAUGGAAAACUCCCAUCGCAGGCUCCGCCGUCUUAUGAAGAAGCAGUG